AUGUUUCUCUCCUCAUCUGCAUUUUUGUUUGGUUCGUUGGGCGGAAAUGGAUGUGGAUGUGGGUUACCCCCUCCACCUUGUAAUUCGGGUUGUGGAUUGGCUCCACCGUGCACUCCUCAAUACUCUGUGCCGCCAGUACCAAUCAGUGGAGGCUGCGGUGGAUCAUAUCCAGUAGUUCCACCAGUUCAAACCUAUUCCGCUCCCUUACCUUCUUCAAGCUUAUUCAGUUGGAUCAUAUCCAAUCGGAGGUAA